AUGCCCCCCUCAGCCGCACCACCGCCACGGACCAAGCUCGGUCACCAUCGCCUCCUUUGUCCCAAUGCGUCCAUCCUUGUCUCCCCUCUCUGCUUGGGGGCCAUGGGCUUCGGAGAAAUAUGGAGUUCGACAGUGGGCGAGUGCAACAAGGAGACGACCUAUGCAAUCCUUGAUCAUUUUCAUGCAGCCGGUGGCAAUUUCAUCGACACUGCAAACUUCUACAUGGCGGGACAAUCGGAAGAGUGGCUUGGUGACUGGAUGGCUGAUCGUGGAGUCAGAGACCAGAUGAUCAUUGGCACCAAGUUCGCGUUACCCUACAAAUUCCCCGAACAGAUGCCGGAGGGAAGUGUUACCUCCAAUUUUGGCGGCGCCAAUAGAAAGAGUCUGCGUCUCUCGCUGGCAGAGAGCCUGGAGCGAUUGAAGACAGAUUAUGUCGACAUCCUUUAUGUGCAUGCCUGGGACGGAGUGACAAGCAUUCCGGAGCUGAUGCGAUCCCUCGAUGACGUCGUCAAACAGGGUAAAGUCCUGUAUCUGGGGAUUUCCAACUGGCCGGCCUGGUUGGUCGUCAAGGCAAAUGAUUAUGCCCGGCAACAUUGCUUGACUCCGUUUGUGGUCUACGAGGGAUUGUGGAAUGUUGUGGCCCGGGACAUCGAGCGAGACAUAGUCCCAAUGUGCCAAGCAGAGGGAAUGGCUAUCACGGUCUGGGAAGCAAUGGGCGCUGGCAAAUUCAAAAGCAAGGCCGAGAAGGCCCAAAAAGGAGGAAGACCAGAAUACGACCUUUCCGGAAAGGGACUUGAACCAUACGAGCGUGCCACCGCAGCUCUGGAGCGCGUGGCUAACAGGAAGGGAACAAACACAUUUGGUAUCGCUUUGAGAUACGUUACACUGAAGGCGCCCUAUGUAUUCCCAAUCGUUGGAGGUCGCAAAGUCGAGCAGCUUCAGGCUAACAUCGACAACUUGAGCAUUCAACUUUCCGCAGAGGACAUCCGAGAAAUUGAGGAAGCCGUUCCCGUAGAUCUAGGCUAUCCUCACGCGUUUCUAUCCGGCCAUCGGGACAAGCAUGUCGGACCGACAAACCCCACAAAGCUCGAGCUAUGGUGGGGGGCGUUUGAGGGUGUGGAAGAACCUAAGGCCAUCGUUUGA